AUGCUUCCAGUACAUACACUCACAGGUAACUCUCUUGCAGGACUGAGUCUGGGCCCCAGGAACCGAGUGCUGGCAGGUGUCUACAACAAACCCACCCUGUCUGCACUGCCAAACCCUGUUGUAACCUUAGGAGAUUCUGUGACCCUCUCGUGUACCUCAAAUCAGAGAUACGAUGGGUUCAUUUUAAUUAAGAAUGGGAAGUUGUUCCAAGUGGGUCCCAUCACUCUCAAUGAAAGAUGGAGUUUCAUAUGCUAUGGCUAUUACUCAGGAGAGCCUCAAGUGUGGUCAGAAGGGAGUGACAUCCUGGAGCUUCUAGUCUCAGGGACCCUCCAGAAACCCACUGUCUGGGCUGAACCAGACUCUGUGAUCGCCUUAGGGAAUCCUGUGACAAUCUGGUGUGUAGGAUCCCUGGAAAACCAAAUAUAUUUUCUGUAUAAAGAAGGAAGCCCAGCACCCCGGGACAAAUUAACUGCAUCAGUGCCUGAUUACAAGGCCAAGUUUUUCAUCCCAUCCACGAGAGCUUAUAAUGCAGGUCGAUAUCGCUGUUACUGUUAUAACUCUGCUGGGUGGACUGAGCACAGUGAAACCCUGGAGCUUGUGGUGACAGCUGUCCACAACGAACCCACCCUGUCUGCACUGCCAAACCCUGUUGUAACCUUAGGAGGAUCUGUGACCCUCUCAUGUACCUCAAAUCAGAGAUAUAAUGGCUUCAUUUUAAUUAAGGAUGAUCAGUUCUACAGCUCCAUGGACCCACAGGACCCUCCAGAAACCCAUUAUCUUGAGUAUAAUGCAGGACGAUAUCGAUGUUACUGUUAUAACUCUGAUCGAUGGACACAGCACAGUGAUUCCCUGGAGGUGGUGACAGGAUCUGCUGAGAACAUCACUGCAUCACAAAACAUGUCCAAACCAAAGACAGACUCAGAGACACAGGAUCAUCGUACAGUGGAGAAUCUGCUCAGAAUGGGGAUGGCAGGCUUGGUCCUUGUGGUCCUUGGAAUACUGGUGUUUGAUGCUUGUCACAGCUGUAGACAGGUUCAACGCAGAAAUGGACUGUGA